AUGGGAAAGAAAAACUCAAAAUUGAAGCAAGACACCAUCGAUCGCCUGACUACUGACACAUACUUCACAGAGAAGGAAAUCAGACAAUGGCACAAAGGUUUUCUGAAAGACUGCCCGAAUGGUUUACUAACAGAACAAGGUUUUAUUAAGAUCUACAAACAAUUCUUCCCUCAAGGAGAUCCUAGCAAAUUCGCGUCGCUUGUAUUUCGGGUUUUCGAUGAGAACAACGAUGGUGCCAUUGAAUUUGAGGAGUUCAUUAGAGCGUUAUCAAUCACAUCGCGCGGAAAUUUAGAUGAAAAAUUACACUGGGCAUUCAGACUAUAUGAUGUGGACAAUGAUGGAUAUAUAACGAGGGAAGAGAUGUAUAAUAUAGUGGAUGCAAUAUACCAGAUGGUGGGUCAGCAGCCACAAACCGAAGAUGAAAAUACACCACAAAAGCGAGUGGAUAAAAUAUUCGAUCAGAUGGAUAAGAAUCAUGAUGAUCGUUUAACACUAGAAGAAUUUCGUGAGGGUAGUAAAGCUGAUCCUCGUAUAGUUCAGGCGUUAAGUUUAGGUGGUGAUUAACCAAAAGAGUCUUAGUUUAAUCCUGACAAAGAUUAAACGAGCCAAUAAAAAAAAAUAAUA